AAAGGUAUAAAAGGAAUGGCGACAGACCAUUGUCCUAACAGAAACAAUAUGAAGUUCUUGAUAACUUUAAUAAUAGUUCUCUGUUGUACUCUCUGUUGGGCUGAUGAUGGUAGUGUUGUUGAUGAAAAAUAUGGUGACGAUGAUAUGAAAGAACAAAGCGACUCGGAAAUAAAUGUGAAGAAACGUCAUAUUUCAUUUCAACCUGUAAGAAAUACAUUUGGAUACAUUAAGAGACCUAGACCGAUGAUGAUAGGACGUAAUCCAUUCUUAGCAAGAAUUAUGUCACGUCCCUCUAAUCGUCCAAAAUUUUAUAUGCCUUCAAGAUAUAAUAAUCCAUAUUCAAGAUAUAAUAAUCCAUAUUCAAGAUAUAAUAAUCCAUUUUCAAGAUAUAAUAAUCCAUAUUCAAGAUAUAAUAAUCCAUUUUCAAGAUAUAAUGAUCCUUUCUCAAGAUAUAAUAAUCCAAAUUCAAGAUGUAAUAAUCCUUAUUCAAGAUGUAAUCCCUCUCCAAGAUAUUAUAAUCGACCUACAAGACAUUUUUCUAGAUUUCCUCAAUAAUAAGGAUCCUCAUAUAAUGAUGCACCUCAUUGAUUGAACAACAAAGUCUUUUAUCUUCCGAAUUCAAGAGGUUAUAAAUGAUUUAACAGCA